CGUGGCGGUGUAGCCAAGGCUGGACGAACUGAAAAAGUCAACUCACUCUCGUGCAGUUUUGCGGUGGUCGCCUAUGCGCGCGUAGUGGCAUUCAACGACUGCGUUGAGGGAAAUCGCUCCUGUAGUGCGCGAGCAUUUCAUCUUUAACAUGGAUGUGUUAACUGAGCAACCUGUACUUUCUUACUAUGGUGGGCCUAAGCAAGCGUAUUUCAGUCCUUACAGCGAUAACGGAGGGAGCAUCGUGGCCGUUGCAGGGGAAGACUUUGCAGUCAUCGCGUCUGAUAGUCGUCUGAGCAGCGGAUACCAGAUCCACACGAGAGAGCAGUCGAAGCUGUUCAAGCUGUCCAACCAAUGUGUCCUUGGUUCUACGGGUUGCUGGUGUGACAUUCUCACGUUCACACGGUUUCUGGAGGCGCGAAUGAAGAUGUAUCUGCAUGAACACCACAAGCUGAUGAGCACGCCUGCCGUGGCUCAACUUGUUGUCACUAUGCUCUAUAACAAGAGGUUCUUCCCCUAUUACAUCUCCAACAUUCUGGCGGGCCUCGACGAAGAUGGUAAAGGGUGCAUAUACUGCUAUGACCCUGUUGGUCAUUCUGAAAGGGUGCAGUACAGAGCAGGAGGCUCCUCCAGUGCCUUACUUCAGCCACUCUUGGACAACCAGAUUGGUUUCAAGAACAUGGAAAAUGUGACGCUGGAGCCACCAACUCGAGAGCGAGCUGUGAACAUCAUCAAAGAUGUUUUCAUUUCUGCUGCUGAGAGAGAUAUCUACACUGGAGACUCAGUUGUCAUCAAUAUUAUUGACAAGAAUGGCAUCAAAGAGGAGCAGCUGGCACUUCGCAGAGACUGAGCUGUGGUGAUUUAUGUCAUGUGGCAACAUUUAAAGCUUUCAUCACAUUGGUGUGUUGCCUUACAUUAAAAGAAAAUUGUGAC